ACAUCAGACAAUUAACAUAUGAAAAAAAUCUACCGUCAUCAGAAUCAAUUUGGCAACAAUGUUGAAUAGAUUAUGAGAGUUGAUGUUUAAUCCCGCUCCAAUACGAUCCGACCGACUGUUUGUCGGCGACUGCUACCAGGGCCUGUGCACUGGAAUAGGAGAAGUUCAGGACGAUUUUUAACGCCAUCUAUGUUGCCGGUUUACAUCUAAAACAGCUUACUUUUUGGUGUUUUAUUUUUGAAUGUUUGUCAAUCUGGAUACUGAAACUAAGUUGCAAUCAUACAUCGAGAAACAACCAAUGUUAUUGAAUGAACAACGUCCAUGUAGCAAAGGUGUUUGAUAUUGUUUGUUUAUUAGGUAUUCGCAUUUGUGUGCAUUUAAAAGUUAUUAUUUGUUGCGAAUUGUGCUGUCGUGUUUACGUACUCAAUAUGAGUAAACGAGUAAAGGCCUACUGUGUACCAGGAUGCACGAAUAAGCAAGCGAUAAGACAUUCCAUUCCUACAAAUGAACACGUUUGCAGAAUUUGGUUGCAAAGAAUGAAUAACCCCAAGUUAAUAAUAGCAGAUACAGUAUUAUCAUCACAUAGAAUAUGUGAUAUUCAUUUUGAACCAAUUUGUAGAAACCCCAAUGCCAGGUUAAAAAAAAGUUUCACUGCCAACUCUACAUUUACCUGGUUACGAAAAAGGGGAAAUUAUAUUUUUUGGGUACAGGAGCAACCGUCUUCAUUUUCAACUCCGAAAAGACUGAUAGAAUCAAUUGCAAGGACUAGUUUUCAGCACCUUUACUGGUAACAACCCAAUAGAGGGAACAAAAAAACCUGUUAAGGUGUACACAGGGAAGCGAUUAUUUCGAACCCUUGUCGAAGAACCUUGUAAGUACGAAUUCAAAACAAAACGGCAAUAUUUUUAUAUAUAAUUGUAAUAGUCACAACUAUUGACACUGUCCAUAUAAUAAUUCUGAAUUGAACCUGAAGUCGUGAAUUUAUAUAAUUUGUAGGUAGCUCCUCGAGUAUCCUGUAUGAACCAUCAAUAUCGACUAAUAUAUGGAAACAGAUAAACUUGAAGGGCACUCGACUGUGAGA